AAUAGCCAGAGAUAGCUCAAGCCAUGAGUGCCAGCAACGAGACGAGCAAUUUAUGUCAAAAGUUUCGUAAAAGUCUGUCCAUUACUAACAGUCUCUCCAAAUACUUAUGGAAACCCAAUUACAAUGACUAUACGGAAGAGAUAUCGGAGACGAGAACUAAUUGGAAGAGUGAGGCGUCAAAAGCCCACUUCAUAUCGGGUGUACUGUUAGGUAAUGGGGCUCUGAAUCUGGUUUUCUCUCAUUUGCCGAAACGAGUGCUGAAAUUGUUGGAAAUGAUUGGCUUUUCCGGCGACAGAUCG